UGUGGGUGCCUUGAUUGAAGCACAGUCAAUCGGCAGCAGCUUCAGAGGCGACAACACUUUUGGAUAUACAAACCCUUCUUCAAUCAAGCCAGGAAUCUCUCGAAAUGAAGUUCUUCAUGUGCAUUUUGGUAGCCGCCACUGUGGCCGUGGCACAGGCCGGUAUCCUGCCCCACUUGGAUCAUCAUUUGGAGCACCAUUUGGAGCACGAGCUGCCGCACUUUACGGACGCCGAGGUGCACCAUUCGGAGGGCAUCCAUUUGGGGCACAGUGCGGCCAUCAUACACCACGAUGACCAUCACCUGGACGCCGUGCCACAUCACUAUAGCAGCAGCCACUACGAGGCAGUGCCGCACUACAGCAGCCACCACUACGAGCAUCUGCAUGCCGCGCCGGUGGUGCACCAUCACAGUCACGCCGCUUUGGUGCACUACAAGCCCCAUUUGGAUGUCCACAGCCAUGCGAGUCUGUUGUCCUUUGCGAAGCAUCAACUCCAUGGAAAAUAUGGAAAGCUAAGGAUCACAGAGACGCACUAUUGAGAGAGAGAGAAGAGCGAGAGAGAGAUUCCACCUGCCACUGCCGCUGCCCCCUCUCCAGGGGCAUCAUCAUUCAGAAGAGCCUUCAACAUCCAGCAGACAAUUUAUCAUCCGCUCAUUCGCUCAUUCGCGUGGAGUUGCAGCCCCACGAAAGUAAUUUACUUGCAAUUUAAAGAUAAACAGGCGCGAUAAUGUCUACAAAGCAUAAA